ACGGUCGUGGCUCGUGGAGAGCACACAGUGUGUCCGUCAUACUGACCAAGCCCGCCGACACGAUGCCAUUUCAUUCCCGCACCAAGUCCCAGCACCAGUCCCACGAUCUUUCCGCCGGAUUUCUGUCAGCCACUGGCGCAUUGAGCGCGGUAGGAUCGCCAAACGUACCGCGAAUAACGGGCAGUCACACGUCCGACAACUAUUCUUCUUACGACUCUCGACGCUUCACCAACGAGGAUGCCGUGAUGGACUCCUCAUCGCAGGCAGGCCGAUCCCAGGACCCCUCCACGCCCAUGUCCGCACCGACGUCCACGGCUCCCGACCAGCAACAGCAGUAUAGCACACCGCGUCGCCAAUACCAGCCAAAUUACCACGAAGCUCCGCCUUCUACUGGAUCUGGGCCGUCAUUCAACGUCCAUCCGAGCACGCCGCAACAUUCUUCGCAGUCGGCGGGCAUUGUGCCUUCGCACUCGCACUCCUCCUCGCGCAGUGGGCUGCCUGGCGUACUGCAACCUGGCGGCUCCUCGCGACCUACUUCCUCAUACACCGCCCCGACAACUAUUCCCACCAUGUCACAACAGCCUCUGCCGUCCAACGCGCAGCACUACGCCCAGGCCUCGUCACAACCUCCUUCCCGCAGCAAUACACUUCACAGUCACUCCCGCAGUGCGUCAGGACUCGACGGCGCCCAAAAAUACAUACCCUUCAAUCAGACACCCUCUCAAACACCAAAUGCGUCAAAUCCAAAAGCAUACAACCUUUCCAAUGCGCAGACUCCCUCUGCGGGGCCCUCGCACAGCCCGCUGAAUCUCACAGAUAUUCGAUCACGAGCGAUCUCCGAUGCGAAUGAAGGUCCUCAGGGGACGGCUUUCUUUAGUUAUUCAGACCAGCCGAUGAACUCGAACUACCUCGCGCCUUUUCCGACGUACGCAUUCGACUGGUGUAAAUGGCCGGUGGGCGGCGGCAAUGGAGCUGGGAAGAUGGCAGUAGGAAGCUAUCUGGAGGAUCCACACAAUUUCAUCCAGAUCUUGGACACACACAUCACUCCGCAAGAGACGACAGCACCAGGGCAGGCGCCAUACGGUUUGGAAUAUACAAAGGUUGCAGAAGCUACAUGUGCCUACCCUGUGACGAGGAUAUUGUGGGAGCCUCCGAGCUCGCAAAAGCAGAGUACGGAUCUGCUGGCGACGAGUGGAGACCACUUGCGAUUAUGGAGUCUGCCGCAGUCAGCGGCGACGCACAUAACGAGCAACAUCAAUCGAAGCGCAUCGGCGAAUCUGCGCGAGCCAGCACCACAAAAGCUGCAGCCGUUGGCUCUGCUGUCAAACAGCAAGACUCCAGAGCACACGGCACCUCUCACAUCCCUGGACUGGAACACGUUGUCGCCGAAGUUGAUUAUCACCUCAUCCAUCGAUACGACGUGCACGAUCUGGGAUAUCCCGACUUUGACCGCGAAGACACAACUGAUUGCUCACGAUAAGGAGGUCUUUGACGUACGAUUUUGCGCUGGGUCGGUAGAUGUCUUCGUAUCAUGCGGAGCAGAUGGAAGCGUGAGGAUGUUUGACCUACGAAGUCUCGAGCACUCGACUAUCAUUUACGAGCCCGCGGACAAGUCCGACAAAUCAUCCUCUCCAACGUCUUCAUCACCCUCGAAAUCCACCGCUCAAACACUCUCUCCAGCACCACCGCUCCUUCGCCUUGCCGCGUCUCCACACGACGCCCACCUCUUGGCGACCUUCGCCUCCGACAGCAACAUAAUUCGCAUUCUCGACGUACGACAGCCUGGUACCGCACUCCUCGAACUGCGCGGCCACCAGGGUAACCUCAACAGUAUCGAAUGGAAUCCCAGUCGACGCGGUAUGCUCGCGUCCGGUGGAGAUGACAGUUUGGUGCUCGUCUGGGAUCUGUUGAACGCGCAGAACCAGACUGUUGUACCUCCUGCGCCUGCCAAUGGAGCCGGAAAUGCGGGUGCGACUGCUGCCGCUGAAACGCAGGGCAAGGGACCUUUCGCGAAGUGGAGGUGCGAGUAUGAGGUCGCGAAUAUUUCGUGGGCGCCACAGAGUAGUCUGACGCAGCAGGGUGGCGACUGGCUGGGCGUCUGCGCGGGGAGAGGAGUUUGGGGUGUGAAGUUGUAG